GCGGCGGCGGCGGGCGCGGCAACGUCCCCCGGAAGUGGAGCCUGGGACUUCCACUCGUGCGUGAGGAGAGCGGAGCCGGAGACGAGACCAGAGGCCGAACUCGGGAUCUGACAAGAUGGCCGGGCUGCCCCGCAGGAUUAUCAAGUCAGCUGUAUUUUUUGCAUAUGACUUCUGGGGAUUCAGGUUCUUGACAAGCUCCCUCAGUCUCCAUGGAUUCCAGUUACUUCAAAUUUUUGUAUUCUUCUCAAGCUCUCAAUCUGAACAUUGCACUGAGGAGGAGGAGGGGAAGGAAACCCAGCGUUUGCUGGCAGAACCAGUUCCUGGCAUUAAAGCAGAACCAGAUGAGAGCAACGCCCGUUAUUUUCAUGUGGUCAUUGCCGGCCCUCAGGAUUCCCCCUUUGAGGGAGGGACUUUUAAACUUGAACUAUUCCUUCCAGAAGAAUACCCAAUGGCAGCCCCUAAAGUACGUUUCAUGACCAAAAUUUAUCAUCCUAAUGUAGACAAGUUGGGAAGAAUAUGUUUAGAUAUUUUGAAAGAUAAGUGGUCCCCAGCACUGCAGAUCCGCACAGUUCUGCUAUCGAUCCAGGCUUUGUUAAGUGCUCCCAAUCCAGAUGAUCCAUUAGCAAAUGAUGUAGCGGAGCAAUGGAAGACCAACGAAGCCCAAGCCAUAGAAACAGCUAGAGCAUGGACUAGGCUAUAUGCCAUGAAUAAUAUUUAAAUCGCUUCGAUCCUCAAGUGUGCAUCACUUCUCCUGUUCUGCCAAGACUUCUUCCUUUUUUGUUUGCAUUUAAUGGACACAGUCUUAGAAACAUUACAGAAUAAAAACCCAGACAUCUUCAACCCUUUGGUGAUUAAAUGCACAUUAGCAAAUCUAUGUCUUGUCCUGAUUCACUGUUGUAAAGCAUGAGCAGAGGCUAGAAGUACCAUCUGGAUUGUUGCGAAACGUUUAAAAGCAGUGGCGCCUCUCUGCUUUUAUUCAUUUCCCCCAUCAUGGUUUAAGUAUAAAGCACUGUGAAUGAAGGUAGUUGUCAGGGUUAGCUGCAGGGGUGUGGGUGUUUUUCUUUAUUUUAUUGUUAUUUUUUUUUUUUUGGUGGGGGGGAAGGUAGUUUUAUUUUAAUUUUAUGGGCUCCUUUCCCCCUUUUUAUGGUGAUCUAAUUGCAUUGGUUAAAAGCAGCUAACCAGUUCUUUAGAAUAUGCUCUCUAGCCAAGUCUAACUUUAUUUAGACGCUGUAGAUGGACAAGCUUGAUUGUUUGAGCCAAAAUGGGAACAUUAAACAGACAUCACAGCCCUCACUAAUAACAUUGUGACCUUGCUGUCAAGUGUAGAAUCCUCCCUUCAAGAAAAAGCUUGUGACCAUUUUGUAUGGCUUGUCUGGAAACUUCUGUAAAUCUUAUGUUUUAGUAAAAUAUUUUUUGUUAUUCUACUUUGCCUUUGUACAGUUUCUUUUACUGUGUUUAUUUCAUUUUCCCAUUGUGACAAUCGUAUUUAAAAAUUAAAACUGAUGGAACAUUCUGUUUUGAUCUUCACCAUCUGACGAAUUGAAUGGUGAGAGGUAGAUUUUGCCAAUUUCUUUUCACUGAUGCAGAUUUGUGUUAAGAUAUAUCACUGAAUGAAGUAUUUAUAAGCUGGCCCUGAGCAUGCCUAAAACAUCAGUAUGUGACAUUUUUUUUUACCUCCUAGAAAUCUGAAAUAAAUGUGCGUGUGUUGUCUGAUUAGUAGGUGACCGUUGGUGUCUUGCCACAGUGUUUGGAAACUUACUGUUCAGGAGAGUCACAGCACAGCCACACCAGUGACUGGCUUUGUGUGGGACUUCUGCUUGUGCCACCGUUGUGUCUGGCAUUUGGGUUAUGACCUUGCUCUUAGUUCUUGUCUCAAAACUUCGUGUGUGACCAUUGUUAUUAGAAAACAGCAAUCUGGUAAUCACUUGGGGUUCGCUGAGGCAUUUAUCAGUCCUUCUUGCAGACCUGCUGAGCAGAUCUCAAGCAGUCAGCUUGCCAUAAGCGUCAUGAGAAAGGUUUCUCCCUUAGAGGGCAUCAGAUCCUCAACUAAUGAUUCUUACUGUCAUCCCUGUAAUAUUUACUGCGGGAGCUCCUUUUAUUCUUUAAUUUGAUAAUCAGCAAUUAUCUGCAUUGACAGAGUUCUUCCCCCCCACAAAGCUGUUCUUUCCCACCUUUCCAUAUCUAAUUCCUAAGUCUUGUUAUUUUAAGACAUUAAUGUAGUCAGUCAUAAGUAUGUAAAUGUUAACCUGUGGGUUGGAACCUUUGUCUCUUGCAGUUUAAGGUAAUGGAUAUUGUAGCCCAUCUGAAUUUUCCCCACUCUUAUUCUCAUACCUUCUGGAGUUUCUUCAGAAUGUGGUGUAUUUUAUUGUGCUCCUAUGUAAGAUGAAGAAUAUCUAUUAAAAUUACAUUUUCAACAUACAAAAGUUUUUGAUGACUGGUAACUGGUAUCCUUCAAUAAAUGCGUUGCUUGGGAACAAAUAUUAGUUUAAUUCAGAGUAAAAUUGUUCAUAACCCAAAUAUUGUAAAUUUAAAAGCUUAACAGCUGUUGUCAUUUAUAACAAUUGUUGAUCUCUCUAAGUUGUCUUACAACUAAGGGAAUUGAAUCUCAUUCUGGGGCCAAAAUGAAUGAAUAUUCAAUCAGUUAAAUAGAGAUCAGUUUUAUUUAUUGUAGGUGGCACAUUGCUCAGAUGAUAGCUAGUAUGACAUAGUGAUUUAGAAGUAUAAAAUUCCAGAUUUAAAUCUGUUCAUCCACAAAAAUGUAUCUAAAAUAGGACUCUGAUGUCUGAGUUUUUGAGUUACCGAAGUGCAAAUACGUGAAUUCCUCAUUUCAUGGCAACAUGGUUUUUUCGUUUGUAAUUUUGAUAAGAGCCCCCAUUGUUUUGAUAAUACUUGCUCCCCAACCAGUGGGAUGAAACAAGAGCCAGUGUGUUGGCUGGUCUUCCUUAGAAUUUAAGGGGAUCUGGGAGAGGCCAAGAUAGAGUUUUAAAACUGGCAGCCACAUCUGGCUUUGGGACCUGUUUUCCUUGGCCCACAUGGUGUGGUUGGUUAAAACAUUUUGAAAUCAAUGCUGACAUUUUAGAAAAAUUGGGAGUGUCGCGUGAGAAUCUAGAAUUCGGGUAACUUGAAUGAUCUGAAGUUCUGACAACAGGAAGACGUGACCUUCCUUAUGCAAGGCACCUGCUGGGAGGAGCUGGGUAGUAGCCUUCCUAAGAUGAGCUUGUUAUUCUUCUACUCAGUGAUUCUCAGGCUGGUUAGAAUCCCCUCCCAGCCCACCUGCUCCGCUCUGUAAUCCUUCUCCCUUGUAAGCCUUUGACUUUGUAACUCCUUAGCUUAUGGAUGCACUACUACGUGUCAGGGAUGAUUAGGUGAAUGGGACUGGCAUAGGAUGUUCCCUCGUGGGCCUCAUCUCAAGAGGGGUGCGGGUGGGGCAGAUGGACGGCAGUGGCAGCGCGGAUGGAGAGGGGAAGUAAGCGCUUGGGAGGGACUGCGCUUCUGGAUUCAAUACCUACAGGCAGGGGGCCAGCUUGUGCAGAGCCCGGGGAGAGGAAAAGAAUCUGAGUAUAUUGAUAAAUGGCUUCUGAACAUAACUCUGCCCAUUCAAAAGCUUUUCUGAAAUCUGGAGGGGUUGAUAGGAGCCUUAUGUUUUUCAUGUGAUUUUUAAAAUUUUGUUUUCUCCUUUGUUGUGAUUUACUUCCACGCUAGCUAGUGUUGGUCCUCUCAGAAGCUGCCGAAUGAGAUCUUAGAUUUGAGAUAUGUAGACCAAGAACAUACUUUAAUACAAAAUUUCAGAAGCAUUUAAAAAUAAACACAAUACCUAAAAAAGCCAUAGGUGCUAUGGUUUAGCACUAGUAAAGGAGAGUAUGGGGUGGGAAAUCCUAUAAGACUAACAGUUUUAGCUAAAUGGAACUAAAUGGUAUGGGAAUAAUAGGAACUGGCUACUUUAGCCACGUCAACUUUUUGUUAGUUGCAGUUGCAAAGGUUUAGAAAUACAGCCUUAUCUACAAGAGCUGGCCAAACGAAAAAGGUAAAAUGCCAUGAUUAUAGGGCAGCUAAUUCAACAGUCUAUUUUUAAAAAAUGUAAUUUCAUUGGAAUAAUGUAUUUUGGGACUGGGGGCAACAUUUCAUUUAACUGUGCAGCAUGCGCUUAGUUUAAGAAAUUAUAUUAGGGGGUUAUUUUUAAAUGACUUAAUGAUCACAAAGACAAAACGUGUUGAAUGUAAUAACUUGGAAUAUUAAGAAUAAAAAUCUGUACCCCA